GCGUGAAGCUUGCCUCCUUGAGGCUUUUUUUUUGGCGAGUCUCUGGUAUUGUUCUGAGUGCUGGAGCCAAGUGAGGCAUAAUCGAAUCCGUACUUGUAGAAUUGGCGCCAUUUGAUAGGUGGGAAAAUGGCGAUGACCCUGUUGGAAGAUUGGUGCAGGGGGAUGGAUGUGAACUCCCAGAGAGCCCUGCUGGUGUGGGGGAUCCCAGUGAACUGUGAUGAGGCUGAAAUCGAAGAGACCCUCCGAGCUGCGAUGCCCCAGGUGCCCUACCGAGUGCUUGGGAGGAUGUUCUGGAGGGAAGAGAAUGCGAAGGCAGCCUUGUUAGAGCUCACUGGCGCUGUCGAUUACGCCGCCAUCCCCAGGGAGAUGCCGGGUAAGGGAGGGGUCUGGAAAGUGGUCUUUAAGCCCCCAACUUCCGAUGCUGAAUUUUUAGAAAGGUUGCAUCUCUUCCUAGCGAGAGAAGGAUGGACCGUGCAAGAUGUCGCCCGGGUCCUUGGCUUUCAAAACCCCGCUCCGGCCCCAGGCCCAGAAAUGCCAGCAGAGAUGCUAAACUAUAUUUUGGAUAAUGUUAUCCAGCCUCUUGUUGAGUCCAUAUGGUACAAGAAGCUGACCCUGUUCUCGGGGAGGGAAAUCCCGGGGCCUGGGGAGGAGGCCUUUGAUCACUGGCUGGAGCACACUAAUGAGGUCAUGGGGGAGUGGCAGGUGUCCGAUCUAGAAAAGAGGCGGCGGUUGGUGGAGAGUCUUAGAGGCCCCGCCGCGGAUGUCAUUCGCAUCCUCAAGACCAACAACCCUGCGAUAACCUCCGCCGAGUGCCUCAAGGCGCUGGAGCAGGUGUUUGGGAGCGUUGAGAGCUCCCGGGAUGCCCAGGUCAGGUUUCUGAACACUUACCAGAACCCCGGAGAAAAGUUAUCAGCAUAUGUCAUUCGUCUGGAGCCUAUGCUGCAGAGGGUGGUGGAGAAGGGGGCCAUAGAUAAAGAUAACGUGAACCAGGCUCGCCUGGAGCAGGUCAUUGCGGGCGCUAACCACAGCGGGGCCAUCCGCAGGCAGCUGUGGCUGACCGGAGCUGCGGAGGGGCCGGCCCCGAACCUCUUCCAGUUGCUGGUGCAGAUCCGUGAGGAGGAGGCCAAAGAGGAGGAGGAGGAGGCCGAGGCCGCCCUCCUGCAGUUAGGCCUGGAGGGGCACUUCUGAACCUCAGGAGACGGGAGAGGACUUUAGUGCAGACCUAGAUCACAGCUGCUUUAUUGUUUCUGUGCUGUCGUAUAGGUUUGUCUCUGAGGAGUUAAAACUUAGCCAUGUUCUGGGUUUUUUGGUUUUUUUUUUUUGGUGGGGGAGGUCAGGCCUGUUUAUUCGUGUAACAUUCGUAAAUAGUGCAAGCGAGCACCGGAGCCAGCGUCUUGCUGGCUGAAAUGCCAGGUAAAGGCUUGGACAUACGUGC